UCCCUCUCCCUCGUUCUCUCUCUCUCUCUCUCUCCGCGCAUCCUCCCCCACAGUCGGAGCUUAGCACAGCAGAAGCGGCUCCUACAGCAUCCAGCAGCAGCUCGGCAUCCAUCCUGCCUGGGGAGCAGCAGCAGUUCUACCCGGCGCAGCAGCGACGCACGGAGGGGGCGCAUCAUCCAAGUGAUGCCACAGCAUCAGUCGCAUUUCGACAAGAAGCACUGAGAGCAGGAUCCUAACAGGAGGAGGAGGAGGAGAGGAAAAAAAAAAACCCGCUUCAGCCUCGAAGACGGCAACUGCUCAUGAAGAUGUCUAACGCUGACAUCGUCUUAAACGCCGCCGAUCGGGUGGUGAAAUCCGUCCCCUUCCCCUUGAGCCACCGCCUUACGAUGAAGGAAGUGUUCGACUGUGAAGGGAAACCUCGAGUGGAUCUCCUGAAGGCCCACCUGACCAAGGAAGGCCGUGUGGAGGAAGCCGUGGCGCUGCGGAUCGUCAAUGAGGGGGCAGCCAUCCUGCGUCAGGAGAAAACCAUACUAGACAUCGAGGCGCCGGUCACAGUCUGUGGGGACAUCCAUGGGCAGUUCUUUGAUCUUAUGAAGCUGUUUGAAGUGGGAGGAUCACCAGCCACAACGCGCUACCUGUUCCUCGGGGACUACGUUGACCGUGGCUACUUCAGUAUCGAGUGUGUUUUAUACCUUUGGUCGCUGAAAAUCCUCUAUCCAAAGACUCUAUUUUUACUUCGUGGAAAUCAUGAAUGUAGACAUUUGACAGAAUAUUUCACCUUCAAACAAGAAUGUAAAAUCAAGUACUCAGAGCAGGUGUAUGACUCAUGUAUGGAUGCAUUUGACUGCCUUCCUCUGGCUGCACUCAUGAACCAACAGUUUCUGUGUGUCCAUGGCGGACUGUCACCUGAAAUUCACACCUUAGAUGACAUUAAAAAGUUGGAUCGGUUCAAGGAGCCGCCAGCGUUUGGGCCCAUGUGUGAUCUGCUGUGGUCCGAUCCCCUGGAAGACUUCGGCAACGAGAAAACCCAGGAAUAUUUCAGCCACAACACAGUGCGAGGCUGCUCCUACUUCUACAGUUACCCAGCUGUGUGUGAGUUCCUACAGAGCAAUAACCUAUUAUCAAUAAUCCGAGCGCACGAGGCACAAGAUGCUGGCUACCGGAUGUAUCGUAAGAGUCAGACCACUGGAUUCCCAUCCCUCAUUACCAUCUUCUCAGCGCCAAACUACCUGGAUGUUUACAACAACAAAGCUGCUGUACUGAAAUAUGAAAAUAACGUCAUGAACAUCCGACAGUUCAACUGCUCACCCCAUCCCUACUGGCUGCCCAACUUCAUGGAUGUUUUCACCUGGUCCCUGCCAUUUGUUGGAGAGAAAGUCACAGAAAUGCUGGUGAAUGUGCUGAGCAUCUGCUCCGAUGAUGAACUCAUGAAUGAUGAAGAUGAGAUCUUUGACGCAAAUGCAGCUGCAGCUCGCAAGGAGGUGAUCAAAAACAAGAUUCGUGCUAUCGGAAAAAUGGCCAAAAUGUUCUCAGUUCUCAGAGAGGAGAGUGAAAAUGUGUUGACGCUUAAGGGUCUGACGCCCACUGGCAUGCUGCCAAGCGGGGUUCUCUCUGGAGGCAGACAGACACUGCAGAGCGCCACCAUUGAAGCCAUUGAAGCCAUCGAGACGCAUGAUGAGGACAGAGAAGCUAUCCGUGGUUUCUCCCCCCAGCAUAAGAUCACCAGCUUCGAGGAGGCUAAAGGCCUGGACCGCAUCAAUGAGCGCAUGCCGCCUCGCAAGGACGGGGUGAACCACGUGGGCCACUCCAUGGGAAAGAUGAAUAUGUCGGAGGCAAACGGCACAGAAGACAACAGCAACAUCCAGUGAUGUGCUGUCUGAGCCUCAGAGAAAACGUGCCGCUGUUGCGCUGUGCAGCAAGACUUUGCUAAAUCGGGAAUUCAGGCCUCUGAACAUCGAAAUAAAACAGGCCCACUGGUAGAUCAUGAAAUCUGCAGCAAAUCUAAAAAGGGGCGAAAAGGUCAUUUAUUUUGUGACAGUAUGUCAUUGCACAGUUGGGGGAGGGGGGAGCUGGGGUUAACGGCAAAGGGCAGGGAUGAGGAGAGGCCAGCAGGAGGCAGUUUGACUGGAAAAAAAAAAACAACAAAAAAACAUGUGGUUGAAAGUUGUGUCUGCCUGUUGUUCCCUUUCUCAAUUCAACUAGAGACUGAAUUGUUGGGGGUUGUGUUGUUUCGAGUGCUGUCUGCUCCUCCAUUGCAGGGCUUGGCAGAAGACAUAACUGCAGUAUCCAUGUCACACCAAUCAUUUUACUGUUUUAUAAAGUGUUUACUAUGAAUCACUCACAAGUUCACUCCAUGAGGAAAAUAAUCUUGUUUACCUACAUGUUUUUUGCUAGUAUUAAAUCACACCACUUUGUGAGGAAGAAAGGAUAAAGGAAGGAAGCAAAAAAAAAAAAAACAUGCAGCGCAAUCUUACUGGUGGACUUAAAAUUUUUUGAUUGACCUUGUAGUAAGAUGCUGUCAUCCUGAAAGAAGACAGGGUGCUCAUUUGUGCUCACUAAACCGCCAAAGCCACUGCUGUCUGAGAUCUAACUCCGCCUUGGGUACGUCUCAAUAACCUCCAGCAGCUCUUUUACUCAUCUUCCUCAGUAUCAGUCAUCUCCCAGCAAGACAAACCUUGGGGGAAAUGAGGGAAGAAGGGAAGGUGAUGAAAAGAGCAAUUUGGGGGGGAAAUUUGGUUCCACUGCUUACUGUAGAUACCUCAGCAUCACCGAUUCAAUACAGAGAUCUGCAAAUGUCACACUACCCCAUAUGUAGACGCAUCAGCAUUUGUAGGUGAAUCUUUAUCUGGACCAUCUGCAAAGUUAUUUACUUCCUCUGCGCUAACUGUUACAGCAUUUCACAUCACAGCAGCAUGGCAUUUGAACAAGCUUUACCUCACGGAGGGAGAAAGAAUUGUGCAAUUCACUUUCUGGAACGUACAAACUUGAGCGUCCUCUGCUGAAAGAGGCUCAGGAUCAUGGUUUUCUCAUCUCUUCUGCAUUGUUAUGAUCAGUUUCUGGACCACAAAGGAAAACAGAAGAGUUUGAAUUUUUUUGGCAACAUACCCUGCUAUCAGGACACCACCUGCUUCUUUCUCACCUGCUUGUUGCUACGGAGAAAGUAGCAAACAUUAGCGCCCUCUGCACUUCUUACUGUGCUGCAAAUUCAACGAGAUCUCAUGCCUAAGAGCUACACAAAGUACUAUAUCAGAGUAGGGAGGAAAUUCUACAAAUUUUUGAACUCAAAAGUAACGUAUCUUUUGUUCAAAGAGUUUAUAACAACCAAAGGUUAGAUCCAUACAGAAUUUCUUUUUAUUUAUUUACCUGAUUUGAUGAAUGUAACUAGAAUUAGUGAAUUAAUGCUUCUGAGAACAAAUGUGUUUUCGUUUUCACUGGCAUUUAUCUUGGAUUGAUCAAGAUGUGAGAAGCUUCAUGAAAACUGAGCAAAAUUCUAGAUUAUUAAUAAGAUUUUUAAAUGUGUUAAUCUUUCAUUAUUCAUUUGCGAAUUAAUUCUUGGAAUCUAAUUUUAAUGGACAGAAUGGAGAAACAGGCUGAGAAAAAACUUCAUGAUCCAAAUAAAAAUCAUAUCCUAUGUCUAAGCAUUGUGGCAAAAAUGCUUAUUAUUUUGAUGGAUAAAAAAAGGGAGAAAAUAUAAUAUUCUGGUCUUUUCAAAAUAUAUAAUCUUUGAAAGUUGAUAUCAGCGAAGCCCCAACCAAAAGUGACACAUCGCAUAAAUUUCUAGAAUUUCCUUUCAAACAUCAAUAUUUUUUCUACUUUAUAUUCCAUCGUUCUAUUUAAUGAUAAAGAUAUGUGAAUUAAGGAUAGACAAAAAGUGAUUUUUAACACAGCAUCUAUGGUAUGGAACGCAUCAAUGCAUGCAAUUAAGUUCCUAAUUGUUACGUGAGAUUAUAAUUGUGAUAGUUGUGUUUCAAAUAGUAAACUUGAAUUCAUUUAUUUUUGAAUUAUAUUUGUUGUUUUAUUUGUCUUGUUUUAUAAAUUUUAUAAAUAGGCUUCCUUUGAUUGUUUCGGUCCAUUUUUUUCUUAAUUUUGUUAUUUAUUACCACUGCUUUUAAUUUUAUAUUGACUUCUUGUAUGCAGAGAUGCCCCUCUAAGGUGUGAAGCCUUGUGUUCUAUUUCUUUUUGUUUCGGUUGUACUGAUGUACCGAAAAUGUUCAAUAGUGUGAAUGAAUAUAAUCUCAGUGAAAAGCAACUUUCAGGCUGCCAAAGCAUGAUAGCAUGGUUUUCAGAUGUAAAUGAACUGGACACAGAAAAUCAUGUGUUACACUUACAUUUAACAGGAAACAUUGUACUCUGGUUAUAUUUACUGCUGAUAUUAUUAUUGUUACAAUUUAGCUUAUGGUUAUUUUCCUUCCUCCGUUUCUGGUUCUUGUAUGGUCUACAUGCAUAUUUCAACAAACAAAUAUAAUGGAUUUUAUCUUGCAACAUUUUUUUAUUAUCUAUGGAAAUAUGUUUUGGCAUUUGACUUCCUAAAUAAUACACACAUUGUAAGCAUGCCCUAUGGGACAAAUCACAUUUUUUUACUCUUGAAUAAAAUAUGCAUGAACAAAA